CCGACGUCAGCAGCCGAAUGGCAACAUUGUGGCGAUGCUGAGGCGCAGAGUUUAGGAGACGCAUCAGUCUGUCGGGCCGGCUCUGAGCGGUCAGAAAGAGGAGGAGGAGAAAGAGGGGGCGGGGAGGUCGGCCCCGGCGAGCGGCCGAGACGCGAACACUGCCGGCCCCGACAGCUGACCGGCCUGCCGGGCCUGGGGAACCCACGCUUCACCUCCAGCGCGCCGCAGACGCAGCCCCGCGGCCUGGCUCGGGGCGCAGCCGCGCGUUGGUCGGCCGGGUCGGCCGGGGCGGGCGCGAGGAGCUACCGCACCGCGGGGCUUGUAAACAGAUCCGGCCGCACGUGACCAUGUGAACUACCUGCUCCGGGGACACGUAUUGUCUUUCCCCCAAGCCGCGCCACAAAGGAGAGCGGCGGGUCGGAGUGCGGAGGGACGGGCAGCGAGCGGGAAGAGCCAGCUGGCGCGUUAAGAUGGCUGAAGGCGCCCGGCGAGGGUGAGCAGGGGGCGCGGCGCAGCCAGCGGGUGAGUCUUCGGGCGGUCGGGCCGGCGCCGGAGCCACCAUGUCGUUUGCGCUCGAGGAGACGCUCGAGUCGGACUGGGUGGCCGUGCGGCCCCAUGUGUUCGAAGAGCGGGAGAGGCACAAGUUCGUCUUCAUUGUGGCCUGGAACGAGAUUGAGGGCAAGUUUGCCAUAACCUGCCACAACCGGACGGCCCAGAGGCAGAGGAGCGGUUCCCGGGAGCAGGCGGGGGCGCGAGGGGAUCCCGAUGCCGGGGCCUCCACGUCCGAUGGGCCCCGCGGCCCAGGCAGCCCGGCGGGCAGGGGCCGGCCCGAGUCCACCGCCUCUGCCACUCUAGGCAGGAGCCCUGGGCCCCGGAGGAGCCCUGCCUGUGCUGAGGGCGCCUCUCAGAGGAGCGCGCGCAGCCUUCGAGGGGACCCGCUGCUGCGGAGUCCAGCCAGCAAAGGGGUGGAGAGUCCCCUCAGGAGCCCAGUGAGAGCCAAAUCCAGCCGGGUCCGGAGGGGAUCUGAAGCCAGAGAUGUGGCGGGGGCCGCCACUGCGGCGGCCCCUCUGGCUCCUGGCGAGGCCUCCGUGUCCUCGGUGCGGGUGAUAAGUGACUCUGGGGCGGUCUCCGAAGAGAUCGAGGUGCUGGAAAUGGUGAAGGAGGACCAGGCCGCCUCGGCGCCCCUGGCGCCCUCGGACGCGGAGCAGCAGACACCCGCUGCCGAGCUGGAGUCCCCCGCCGAGGAAUGCAGCUGGGCCGGGCUCUUCUCCUUCCAGGAUUUGCGUGCCGUGCACCAGCAGCUUUGUUCCGUGAACUCUCAGCUGGAGCCGUGCCUGCCCGUGUUCCCCGAGGAGCCCUCCGGUAUGUGGACGGUGUUGUUUGGGGGCGCCCCCGAGAUGACCGAGCAGGAGAUCGACACUCUGUGUUACCAGCUCCAGGUCUACUUGGGCCACGGCCUGGACACCUGCGGCUGGAAAAUCCUCUCCCAAGUACUCUUCACGGAAACUGACGACCCCGAGGAGUAUUACGAAAGCCUCAGCGAGCUGCGACAGAAGGGCUACGAAGAAGUGCUUCAGCGGGCCAGGAAGCGCAUCCAGGAGCUCUUGGAUAAGCACAAGAAUACAGAGAGCAUGGUGGAACUUCUGGAGUUGUAUCAGAGGGAGGAUGAAGCCUACAGCAGCCUUGCAGAAGCCACAACUGAACUCUAUCAGUACUUAUUACAGCCAUUCCGAGACAUGAGAGAACUUGCCAUGCUACGAAGACAGCAGAUCAAGAUUUCCAUGGAGAAUGAUUAUCUGGGUCCCCGAAGAAUUGAGAGUCUACAAAAAGAAGAUGCCGAUUGGCAGCGAAAAGCUCACAUGGCUGUGCUUUCUAUUCAAGAUCUUACUGUGAAAUAUUUUGAAAUAACAGCUAAAGCUCAAAAAGCUGUGUACGAUCGAAUGCGAGCAGAUCAGAAGAAAUUUGGUAAAGCAUCAUGGGCAGCAGCUGCUGAACGUAUGGAAAAACUCCAGUAUGCAGUUUCUAAGGAGACUUUGCAGUUGAUGAGAGCUAAAGAAAUCUGUUUGGAACAGAGGAAGCAUGCACUAAAAGAAGAGAUGCAGAGUUUACAGGGUGGUACAGAAGCCAUAGCCCGAUUGGAUCAGUUAGAAGCUGAUUAUUAUGAUCUGCAACUUCAGUUGUAUGAAGUACAGUUUGAAAUCUUGAAGUGUGAAGAGUUACUAUUGACAUCACAACUGGAAAGCAUCAAAAGACUUGUAUCAGAAAAGAGAGAUGAAGUGGUGUACUAUGACACUUAUGAAAGCAUGGAGGCCAUGCUGGAGAAGGAAGAGAUGGCAGCAUCUGUGCAUUUACAGAGAGAAGAGUUGCAGAAACUUCAGCAGAAAGCACGCCAGCUGGAAGCAAGACGUGGACGGGUUUCAGCCAAGAAAGCCUACCUCAGAAACAAAAAGGAAAUUUGUAUUGCAAAGCAUGAUGAAAAAUUCCAACAACGCCUUCGGAGUGAAGAUGAAUAUAGAACCCAUCACACAGUACAACUAAAGAGAGAAAAAUUACAUGAUGAAGAAGAAAGAAAAAGUGCCUGGGUUAGCCAAGAAAGACAGAAAACACUGGAUAGACUUCGAACAUUUAAACAGAGGUACCCCGGGCAAGUCAUACUUAAAUCAACCAGAUUGCGACUGGCUCAUGCAAGAAGAAAAAGCACAGCAAGUCCAGUGCCCUGUGAGGAUCAGUGUGACUCUCUACCAGGAGCACUACAGGUAGAAGAGAAAACUGAAGAGGUGGAGGAAGGAAGAGGCAAUCUUGGGUCAUCACAGACAACAGAACCCCAGAGCCUUGCACAGCUUGAAGAUACUUCAUUAGCACAACUUGAAGCCACUUCAUUACCUCUCAGUGGUAUUACCUCUGAACUGCCUCCCACUGUAUCUCUCCCACUUUUCACUAAUAAUGACCUUGAACCAUGUUCUCUUACCAUAGAUCCACUCCCACCACCUCUUCCUCCAACACCACCUCCCCCACCGCCACCUCCUCCCCCUCCCCCACCACCACCACCUCUGCCUGUUGCUAAGGACAGUGCCCCAGAGACACUGGAGAAAGGUCUGCCUAGAAUGGAGGGGAACGAGAACAGGAUCCCCAAGUCUGCGAGUAUCCCCUCAGCACACCUCUUUGACAGCAGCCAGCUGGUCAGUGCCAGGAAGAAGCUCAAAAAGACUGCCGAAGGUUUACAGAGGAGGAGAGUGAGCUCACCCAUGGAUGAGGUGCUAGCUUCCUUGAAGCGUGGUAGUUUUCAUCUGAAAAAGGUUGAACAGCGAACUCUGCCUCCUUUUCCUGAUGAAGAUGAUAGUAAUAAUAUCUUGGCACAAAUAAGGAAAGGGGUAAAACUGAAGAAGGUACAGAAGGAAGUUUUGAGAGAAUCCUUCACACUUUUGCCUGAUACGGACCCUCUAACACGGAGCAUCCAUGAAGCUCUUAGAAGAAUUAAAGAAGCAUCCCCUGAGUCAGAAGAUGAAGAGGAGGCUUUGCCUUGCACAGACUGGGAAAACUAACAAGUGACUUAAUAAAAGAAGAAAAAUACCUACAGCUGAAGAUCAGUCCUUAUUCUUUUGGAGAACAACAUUUUAAACACUUGAUUCCACAAUUGCAUUCCAUUGGAUCAGUGGAAUUGUAUUGACUCAGUGAUGUGAAAAAAAAAGGAAGCACAAUGGGCAGGUUAUCGCUUUUCCAGUCAUUCCAGUAGAUAGUGGUUAGCAUAAAUUUUAGAUGUGCAGUGUUCCUGACUGCUAUGAAGAAAAGGCCUUCUGGAGAUUCCUGGUUUUUAAGCACCUCUCCCUCUCCCCUCUUCCUCCCCCUCCCUAUCCUAGUAGUGCCCAGUUGACCUAGGGGUUCACUAUGAAUUGGAAGAACACUGGGUUGACAGAGAUCUACUGUGAGCUGUAUUGGGACUGCUUUGAGAUCCACCUUUUAGUGCACUGACAAGAAAAGUCAUCUGCUUGAAAAAUACAGAGCUUCUUCUGUAUCAGCUUAUAUAAAUAGUACGACACUCUGAAAAAGAAGUUUAUCAUGAUAGCUAUAGGACAGGAAUAGAAAGAAAAAUCAGAUGGAAAUGCACUUAAAAUUUCCACAUUACUCAUCUCCAAAGGAAUUUUCAUAAAGAUAUUCAACAACAUCUGAAAAGAUAUAUAACCAUGGCGAUACACCUAUUAAUGUGUUUACCACAACAUGAUAUAUUUAACAUGGCAUAUUUUUAGAAGGCCACAUAGUGUUACACUUUGUCAGGUUUUGAAGUAAAAAUUUCCAUGCUUUUAAAUAGUUCUUCAUAAUUCUGAAUUUAUAAUAGUUUGAAUUUUACGAGUAUCUUUGUUUAUGAGAAGCAAUACUUUGUAAUUUGAUAUUUCAAAUUACUUUUAGUCCUUUUGUUUGAAGUAUUACUUGAUUACUAUAACUCACAUGACUUUCCUAUUGAGAAUCAAAAUGAGGAUUCAGUGAUAGGGAUGCAGAUCUUAAGUCUAUUUCUCAUGCACCGUUUAAGUUUUUACUUUGAUGCACCACAGUGAAAAAAAGUGUGCUCCACAAAGAUACAGGAAGGAGACAGGCAGAAAAGCCUCCUUGGCUGACAUUUCACCAUCUUCAGAUGCUUUGAGUGGAAUUUUGCAAGAGAGUCUUCACUGUUGUCACUAAACUUUAAAAAAUAUGUAUGUAGCUUAGGUGCUAGUUACACUGUUAAUGGAGUCCUAAAGGGUACAUUUGUAUAUGAAAUGAGGCAUUGGGAUUUUCAGCAGGACAGUUGUGGGCUUGAAGGAAGGUAGACACGUUGGACCCAGUUUACAGUACUCUGUGGAGUGUAAUUCUGCAUAAGAUCUUAGCCUUUAUGUAGAGAGAGUUUAGGACUGAAAUACCAAAAAGAACUUUAUUUCUUGUAAGGCAGUUCUCUGGCCUAGACCCAGAAAGCAGUACUGGGGUAAAAGCCCUCCAGUAUUGUAUGAAUUGGUGUUCUUGGAGGAAAAAGGAGUGCUCACACUCUUGUCAUUUUAAAAUGCUCUUUCCUUUAAAACAAGUAUGAGGAAAAAUUUCUGGUAACAGGUUAUAUAAAGCAAAAUCUUUCUGAUUAAAUGUUGGUAAGAUGUUUAUUGCUGAGACUAGGGGGUUUUGCACAGCAUUUCCACAAUACAUUGGUUUUAUUCCCAGCAUUAUUUCCAAGGUUUUACAUCUUGUCUGGGAAGAUAAGAAAGAUCUAAUACAUAAACUUAAUCUUUAUCCCAAGAGAUCUAAUAGGAGACAUGAAUAUUUUUUUCUAUACACCUUCACAUAAAGCAUUAAAACAUGCUUGUAACCCAAAGAAUGAUUAGUAUGAAUGUUAGUAUAUAUGAAAGUUUUAAGUAAAUUGGCAGACCUUUAAAAAAUCAUGUAGUAAUUUCAUGCCUUUGGAUGCUUGUUUAUUACCUAGGUUUUUCAUUUAUUAAAGUUUAGAAAAAUACAAGAGGAUCUAUUGUUAAAUUAACAGCAAAAACACGAACAUUUAUGCAUCAGGAGGGAAUUGUUACUGUAUUUAGUGUUAUAUCUGGAAUUUCAUAAUAAGACAGGCUUAUUUAUAAAAGGGUGCUGAUGUCUGUUGUCCUGAAACCAUGUUGUAGUAAGUCUCUAGCAGAUAAUGAAUGGCGGGUAUACAGAAUUCCAUUAACCCUUGUAGGGAUGCAUCCACAAGUCUCAACAUGUCCCCUAAUAGCACUCCAUGAGGAUUACCCCGUAUUUGAAGUAAGUAGGUUAAAGCAGAGCCCCAUUGGCUGUAGCCUGUGCUCAUUCUCUGGCAAAUAACUUUCUCCAACACACCCACUUCCCUGCCUUGAGAUUCAGGUUCCCAUUUCCAGAAAAUUAUAAAUUACUGCAAGUCAUACACCUCUGGGGUCACUGACAGAUAAUAAAUUUUCAGGUAACAAGGGUGACUUCAACGUCAAGAUGAGAUUACCAGUUGAACCCUCAUGUUUACUUUAAAGCAGUGUCAGAGCCCUGUAAAAAUUAUGUAAGCAUGGUAAAAUUUCCCUAUUUUCUUGCCCCUAAUAGAAUGAAGGUCUUUGGCUUUAGUGUUAAAUUCGUAUAUAUUUAGUUAUGAUGGUACUUACAGAUGAUCAUGCGUCCAGUUCCAGACUUGCCUGUACUUUUGUAUGGCUCAAAGUCUUUGACAGUUAUUUUGCUGUUAAUGUAUCAUUUCUGUAUUAAAAAUCCACAAACAGCUGCUUGCUUGUGCUAAAUCAGAAGUUAAUUUACCAAUCUAGUCUCAACUGCAGUGUAUUUAAAUAGGAAAACAAGUAGAUGAUGACUUGGGAAUGUUUUGAGAUAAAUGUCAGUGCUCACUUGAAUGUCAAUUUCAAAUAUUUCUCUGACAAAAGCAAUCAAAAUUAUGUAUAUGUAGCCAGUGUAGCAUGUAUAGAAGGUAUAUCUAAUGAUUUAAAAUCCUAUUGGUACUGUAGUGUAGCAGUAUGAGAAAUUACCUGGCUAUAGAGGAUUUUUAAAAGAUGAACAGUUAUCUUGCUUAUUUGACAUAUAUUUGUAGGUUUAUUGAGUUUGUGAGCAGCAUAAAAACAAUCAUUCCGUAGUUAUUUCUUCAUUGUGGGACUGAAACAUUUCUGUAAAACGCAUUUGUAAGGAAACUUUUAGACUCAGCUGUAACUUUUGGUGAGGUGUAGUAUUUCAACAAUGGGGCUUUUCUCAUUACAUGAAACCAGAGAAAAUUCUCAGCACUUUUCAUUUACUCUGUAUGAGGGGAGAAGAAUUUUUUCUUUCUACGAAGCUGAGUUAAGAAGCAAUAUUUGGCCACUUUAUGCCAUAAAAUGUGUUAAAUUGUAGAACAUACUUGGGCCAUACAACCACAAAAAACUAAAACUUUUGUGGAAGAAAAAUUAAUGGGCAACUCCUCUCUGUCUGGAAUGGGAUCAAUGUACAAUUAAUACAAUUGAAUUUUAUACAUUCCCUAAAAAUCCAUUUUUAAAUUAAUAGUCAUUAUGAUUGUAUAAAUUUAAGUCAGUGCUUUUAGUCUAAGGAAGGGUUUUCAUUUCACCAAGUACAAUGUUGUUGUGUUAAGUUUUCUAUUUAAACAUCAUGCACUUAACUUCAAAUACCAAUUUGUAAAGUACUAUCGGGUCCUUGAAGGGCCUAUCAGGGAGUUGAAAUCUCAUACACUUUACUAGGUUAUUUGUAAAAAAAAAAAAAAAAUCCUUUUGCCUUUGAACAGCUGUAAAACAUUUCAAAAUUAUGGCAGAUGAUGCCUUAUUAAAAUGCAGCCAUUUAAUAGUAAAUCAGAAUCCUUAAUAAGUUUUACCUAAUUCUUGCACUGAAUUUCAAUGGUAAUAUAAAGUUAAAUGUGCAUUUUAACCAGAGUUUACUGCCCAUUUAUUGCUUAGCAUAGAUAGAAAAAGAACUAUGCCUAGUGUUAGGGGAUUGACUGGCAAGGUUUAUUUCAGAUGGAAGAGAAGAAAGUGGAAGCACCUUACUGCAGGAGCAUGUUGCAUUAAUUUAGUGCUGCUGAUCACUUCAGUAGUUAUUUCUGAACUUUGCUGCAAAGUGCUCUUUAGUUGAAGCACAUUAAGAAAAGUAUCUGCUUAAUUGCUUUGUAAAAUGAAGCAAUUGUAUUUUUUAUCCUAUAAAUAUAGUAUAAUUUAAAAGUUUUUCCUACAAGAUGAGUUUAUAUUGCUGCCUAAACUUUCGUGUAUGUAAACAGGUUUUUAAAAGGUGGGAGGGAGUCUGAAUUUGUUGUGUGUGUGUGUUUUAAAUGAUUGCCCAUUGAAUUAUUUCAAAAAUGUGUUCAUUCUAAAAUUUUCUGUUUUGUCCACAGUAAAUGUACAGCUUGGCAUUUCUAGAAUUUAGUUGAUUGAAAUCUUUCAGGUAAACAUUCACUCUGAAUUCCAAAUUUAUAAAUGUUUCUCUCCUACAAAUGUAUUUGUUAUGCCACCGUAAGGUGCAUGUACAGAAACCUCCAAGGUUGACGUUAAAUCUUAUGAAUGUUGUUUCACACACUGAAUCUCAAAGCAGUCAUUUGUUUUUAGAGUUAGAGGAUUUUAUUUUUAAGUCGGGUGCAAUUAAGAGUGGCUCAGUUUAGGGAGUCGAGGGUGGGUGGGAAAGUCCUUGAAAGUGAUGUUUAGGUAUAUACAGAACGUAUGGGUGUUGGCUAUAGAGUUCAGUUCUCACAUGGGAAGUUUUGUUUUGUUUUGCUUUUUAACUUGCAUGUUCUAUGGUUAACUAUUAAAGGGUGUAAUAAGUUAUUCCAGCUUCUCCCAAUAUUAAUUAUAUUGAUUUUAAGAAGUCUCCAUAAUCACAAGGUGGCAUUUUUCCUUCUUUUCUGUGGACCAAGAGGGAUAGACAAUGCAGCCCAUACAAUGACUUUUUCAACUUCCCCAGAAUCCCCAUCUCAUUGAAUUUCUCAUUGUACUGUAUGUCUUGCCAAGUGUGAAUCCAUAAUAUGUAGUUUAUGAAAAAUAGAAGGCUACAGAUCAUUUUGCAUGAAUAAAGCCUAUUGGGGUUAAAGAAACUGACAUAUUUUUAGCCUUUCUGGGUAAAUGAAAAUUUUAAUGGCAAACUGAUUCACGAUUUACUAGCUUUGUGCAAUAUUAUAAAGGUAGAAGCAAAACACUAACACAUUGUGCUUGGCUUUUAAGGAUGGCUUUAACACCACUACAUUAAAUGGACAGUGUGCACAGUGUAUUGUAAACGCCAACUCUUGCAAAUUUACAGUACUUAAAUAUGCUCAAUUAACAUUCUAAAGUAUUAAAAUUACAAAGAAAAACUAAGCAAGCAUUUAUAGCAAUACUAUGAAAUCUCCAAUAACUGUUUCGACUGUUGCCUUUUGCUCUUCAGUGCAACUUUUCUGCAUUGUAAUUAUUGUAUUGCUUUGUAUUUCAUGUUUUUUACACUCAUGACUUCAGAGUUAAGUACUUGUACACCACGUAUUGCAAUCACCAUUCUCUUCUUGUACAUGCAUUGUAACAACAUACAGUUUUGGUGCUUAACAAUAUUCCUUUUUUUCUUUAAUAAAGGAUAUUUAUUUGAAUUAACCUGAUUUUGUUUGUUUAAAACAGCCUUGGUGCUAGAUAUUUUCAUUUCAUUUCAAAUAGAAGGAGGAAGCAAGUUGUGCAUUUCUCUGUUAUAACACGCAGAACAGGAUUCAGAGACUGUCCACCCCUAUACUUCUGCCUCUUCCUGAGCACUACUUGUUAUGAAAUAUUUUAAUGGCAGCCUUGCUUGUGUUAACCAGUUGCCAUCAGUUUCUACUCAUGGCAACCCCAUGCGUAUCAGAGUAGAACUGUGCUCAGUAGUGUUUCUGAUGGCUGAUUUUUCAGAAAUAGAUUUCCAGGUCUUUCUUCUGAAGCAUCUCUGGGUAGCAGCCAAGCACUUAACCAUUUGUCCACCCAGGGACAGCCUUAUUCAUGCCUUUGGUGUAAAUAUCUACAUAGUUUGGAAAUACUGACCUCCAAAAUUGGGAGGUAUUUAAAUUACUUUCAUUUUAGUUGACAAUUUGGGAUCAUUUAAAUUGGGGGAUUAUUGGCUUUACACUUAAACAAGGGAUUAGUUUAACUAGAGCAUAGUUGGAUCUACCCUUACCUGCUACUAACCUGAUGCGAUCCCCCAGCACACACAAGAGGCACACAUCUAUAGGCAUAGGUCUUUUAGGGGCCUUAGGUCCUCAGUUGCUGGACAGACCCCGAGGAAGGGUGCCAGUUCCCAUUUCUACCCAGGCAGCCAAAGCUAGUUUUGUCCCCUUAGCUACAUAGAAUUUUUGUUGCUGAUUUUUUAUUAUUAGGGCUAUCUCGUCCCUCUGUGAGGAGAGCCAUAACAUGAUUGGUUCUUUUCUUCUUCUGCCUUAGCCAUGCCCCUUAAAUAGCUUGUACCAUGGACCAAGGCGUUAUGUGCCUAGAUGUAGUUAUCUAUAAAAAGAUGGGUUGAAUAGGAUGAGCUUUGGCCCUUCUUCCAGCUCCAGGAUUCUGUAUUUAGAAGUGAGAAGUUUAUCCCAAGGAAGGCCUUUGUUCCAUGUAUUUUCCCUCUACAAAUACAAAUCUAAAACUAAUUAGAGGGCUUUGAUGACUAGAUUUUUUUUAAUGAGAAUUUGAAGAAUGGACUCAAUAGAGGAGCUUUAGCCUUCUGCCUCUUGAAUUAAACUUAGAUAAAUUAAUACAAUUGUCAACCCAGGACUUCAGAAGAAUGCUUCUUGAACCUAGUGCACCCUUGUGAAAACCAUGAUGCAGUUGGCUUGGGAUGGGCUUCUUGGGUGACCUCUGUUGGGUUAGCCGUCAUUACUAGACAGAAGUGAAAACCUCUCCUGGAAAUCUAGACCUGACUUAAAUCCCUAAGUUCUGUGUAACUCUGUAAUUCAUCCUGACCUUGCAGAGUUCGUAAGCCAGUUUAAAAUCUCAUGAAUUCUUUGGCACAGGAAACUCUGGGAGGUUUAAAAUCUUUUUGGUGCAAAUAUACCAACAUUCCAUUACAUUCUGACUGUUAACUGAUUGUUAACGAAGUUUAACUAUACUUCCCAAGAACUCUGUCCCCAUGCCAAAUUAUUACAUGGAUACCCUCCAAGAGACUUUAUCCUUUCCAUAGAGUUCCCACAACUUUGUUGCUCACCAGGAACUUUGUUCUUCACUGUCAACAUUUUGUCCAAACCUCCCCACUAAUCUUGCCCAUUCACAUUGACCCUCCUGGUCACAAGUUGUGUGCUCAAAUCAUUCUCUGAACUUGGCCAUUUGUCAACUCUUUUACCUUUAACAAACUGACAGCCCAUUAAUUCUGUCAUGGCCAUAUGGGUCCAUCCUCUA